AUGUCGACAGUUGCAAGGCGUCGCAUCGUCCAAGACAUUUCGCGCGUGACGCGCGACCCUCCACAUGGCGUGCGGGCCUCGCCGUUUGCAGAUAGCAUGAUGCAUUGUCACGCCAUCAUCCACGGACCGGAAGACACGAUAUGGGAAUGUGGCACUUUCCACUUGAUCAUCACCUUCACGGAGGAGUACCCAGCCUUUCCGCCUAAAGUGCGUUUUCUCUCGCGCCUGUUCCACCCGAAUGUCUACGCGGACGGCCGCAUCUGCAUCGAUAUUCUGCAAAACCAGUGGAGCGCCAUGUACGACAUCGCCGCCGUCCUCACGAGCAUUCAGAGUCUCUUGAGUGACCCGAAUCCGCACUCACCUGCGAAUCCACAAGCCGCAAAAAUAUUUGUCGAAAACCGCGAGGAGUACGAUCGUCUUGUCCUGCAAUGCGUGGAGGAUAGCUGGUCGGUGCCGGCGCUUCCUCCAGGCAUUUUGAACGGCGAUCGCUGA